AAGAUUUUUUGUGAAAGAAAGCAACUAAUAAUGAAUAAAUAUCUAAUACGGGAAUACGGCAUUCGGCAUUGUACGGCAUUCAGUAAUCAGUAGCAUUUAACAAAUCUGAAAAAAGUACAUAAAGCAAAGCUCCCACCAUGGCUAAUGUUUCGUAUCAAAUAGCAAAUUUGCUAGAAAAGAUGACGUCUAACGACAAAGACUUUAGAUUUAUGGCCACGAACGAUUUGAUGACUGAACUACAAAAAGACAGCAUCAAAUUAGACGAUGAUUCAGAACGCAAAGUAGUAAAAAUGCUUUUGAAAUUAUUGGAAGAUAAAAAUGGUGAAGUCCAAAAUUUAGCAGUAAAAUGUUUGGGACCACUUGUGAACAAAGUCAAAGAGUAUCAGGUUGAGACAAUCGUUGAUUCACUGUGCACUAAUAUGGUAUCGGAUAAAGAACAAUUGCGUGAUAUUUCAAGUAUAGGCCUUAAAACAGUCAUAUCAGAACUUCCAUUAGGAUCAAAUGAACUUGCUGAAAAUGUUUGUAAACGAAUAACUGGUAAACUGAGUACUGCAAUUGAAAAACAAAGUGAUGUGUCUGUACAGCUUGAAGCAUUAGACAUUGUUGCUGAUCUUUUGUCACGUUUUGGUUCACUUCUAUUCAGUUUCCAUCAGACAAUACUUGCUGCGCUGUUGCCUCAGCUAUCUUCACCACGUCAAGCUGUAAGAAAACGAACAAUUGUCGCUCUCAGUCAUUUGCUUACAUCGAGUAACAAUAUUUUAUACAAAAAACUUAUUGAUUAUCUUUUGGAUGGUUUAACAACUCAAACAGUGAAAAAUGUUAUUCGCACAUACAUUCAAUGCAUCGCAUCAAUUUGUCGUCAAGCAGGUCACCGUUUCGGUGAACAAAUUGAACGUGUUAUGCCACUUAUCGUAAAAUACAGUUAUGAAGAUGACGAUGAACUUCGUGAAUACUGUCUCCAGGCAUUUGAAUCAUUUGUUUACCGUUGUCCAAAAGAAAUAACACCGCAUAUUAACAAAAUUAUUGAAACAUGUUUGCUUUAUAUAACAUACGAUCCAAAUUAUAAUUAUGAUGAUGAUGUUAAUGAUUUAUCUGAUGGAGAAGCUGCUAUCAUGGAAACUGAAGAAGAUGGUGAAGAAGAUGGUGAAGAUGAAUAUUCUGAUGAUGAUGACAUGAGUUGGAAAGUACGACGAGCUUCAGCAAAAUGUCUUGAAGCUGUUGUAUCAAGUAGACGUGAAUUACUUCCUGAAUUGUACAAAGUUGUAUCACCAGCUUUAAUCGCAAGAUUUAAAGAACGUGAAGAAAAUGUUAAAUCUGAUAUUUUUCAUGCAUAUAUUGCACUUUUACGACAAACACGUCCAACCUCAUCUGUUGCAACUAUGGAUCCAGAUUCAAUGGAGGAUGAAGAGUGUCCAAUAUCACUUCUUCAACAACAAGUGCCUCUUAUUGUGAAAGCUGUACAUCGACAAAUGAAAGAAAAAAGUAUAAAAACACGUCAAGAUUGUUUUUCACUUCUCAAAGAACUUAUAUUAGUUUUACCUGGGGCUUUGUCAAAUCAUAUACCAGCUCUUAUUCCUGGAAUUCAGUAUUCAUUGGGUGAAAAAAAUUCAUCAUCAAAUAUGAAAAUUGAUACAUUGUCAUUUGUUCAUACAUUAUUAAUAACACAUCAACCAGAAGCAUUUCAUGCAUAUAUGUCAGUUUUAGCACCACCAAUUAUAACAGCUGUACGUGAUCCAUUUUAUAAAAUAACAGCCGAGGCUUUACUUGUUUUACAACAACUUGUUCAAGUUAUAAGACCCCAUGGUAAACAGGUUAAUUAUGAUUUUCAAGCAUUGGCAUCUGAAAUUUAUGCUUGCACGUUGGCCAGAUUAAAAACAGCAGAUAUUGAUCAAGAAGUUAAAGAGCGUGCAAUUGCAUGUAUGGGACAAAUUUUCUCACAUUUGAGUGACACACUUUAUAUUGAGGCUCAAGAUUGUCUUCCAAUAUUUUUGGAUAGACUUCGUAAUGAAAUUACAAGACUUACUACGGUGAAAGCACUAACUUGUAUUGCUGCUUCACCACUAAAUGUUGAUUUAGAUCCUAUUAUGUCACAAGCAGUUCCAAUACUUGGUUCAUUUUUAAGAAAAAAUCAACGAGCAUUAAAACUUUGCUCUUUGACAUUACUUGAUACUCUUCUUAAAAGUUAUUAUUCUCGUGGUCACACUAAUGGUGAUCUUGAUUUUUCAUUUGAUGAAGUUAUUGCAGAGCUACCUUCACUUCUCAAUGAAGCUGAUCUUCAUAUUGCUCAAUUAACACUAACUUUAUUAACAACAAUUGCAAAACUAUAUCCACUUGCUUUGUCAAAAAUAAAUGAUUAUAUUUUACCAGAAAUAUUAAAACUUGUUAAAUCACCAUUAUUGCAAGGUGCUGCAUUACAAGCAAUGCUUGAAUUUUUUCAAGCUUUGGUUCAAGCAAAUAUGCCUGGACUUGGUUAUCGUGAAUUAUUGGGUAUGCUGAUUGCACCAAUAAGUCAAUCUGUACUUCAUAAACAGGCCUAUCAUUCAUUAGCCAAAUGUGCUGCUGCUUUGACAAUCAUAUGGCAAAAAGAAGCACACAAAGUUGUCGAACAAUUUAUUAAAGACGUUCAACUUUCACAAAAUGAUGCUCAACAAAUAUUUGCUUUAUUUGUUAUUGGUGAAAUUGGUAAGCAUAUUGAUCUUAGUGGCAUUGCAUCACUCAAACAUGUUAUUUUAACAUCAUUUGGAUCACAUUCUGAAGAAGUUAAAUCAGCUGCUAGUUAUACUCUUGGUAAUAUUGCUGUUGGUAAUUUACCCGAGUAUUUACCAUUUAUAUUAAAUGAAAUUGAAGCACAACCCAAAAGACAAUAUCUUGUUCUUCAUUCACUCAAAGAAAUAAUAGCAUGUCAAUCAAGUAGUACUGAUGGUGUGUCACAUUUACAAAAUUUUGUACCUUCAAUUUGGAAUCUUCUUUACAGACACUGUGAAUGUAAUGAAGAAGGAACAAGGAACGUCGUUGCUGAAUGUCUCGGUAAAUUAACACUUAUUGAUCCAGCAACACUAUUACCAAAACUUCAAGAAUCAUUAACAUCACCAUCAGCCUUGAUGAGAACAACAACAGUUACUGCUGUAAAAUUUACAAUAUCAGAUCAACCACAACCAAUUGAUGCAAUGUUAAAACAUUGCAUGGGAAGUUUUUUAGUUGCUCUUGAAGAUACAAAUUUAAAUGUCAGAAGAGUCGCACUUGUUGCAUUUAAUUCAGCUGCUCACAAUAAACCAAUGUUAAUUAGAGAUUUAUUGGAUUCCGUUUUACCACAAUUGUACGCUGAAACAUUGAUAAAACCUGAUUUAAUUAGAGAAGUUGAAAUGGGACCAUUUAAACACACUGUUGAUGAUGGUCUUGAUUUACGAAAAGCUGCAUUUGAAUGUAUGUAUACAUUGUUAGAUUCAUGUUUGGAUAGACUUGAUGUUUUCGAUUUUUUACAACACGUUGAAAAUGGACUCAAGGAUCAUUAUGAUAUUAAAAUGUUGACAUAUUUGAUGACGGCCAGAUUAGCACAACUUUGUCCAACAGCUGUACUACAAAGAUUAGAUAGGCUUGUUGAGCCUUUAAAAAUGACUUGCACACAAAAAGUCAAAGCAAAUUCAGUUAAACAAGAGUAUGAAAAACACGAUGAGCUUAAAAGAUCCGCAUUAAGGGCUGUUGCUGCGCUUUUAACAAUUCCUGAUGCUGAUAAAAAUCCAUCUUUGUCAGAUUUUGUUGGUGUAAUUAAAAACACACCAGAAUUGCGCAACUUGUACGAUGCAAUCCAAAAAGACUGUUCAGGAAAUAAUGCCAACGAAACCAAUGUAAUGGAUCAGAGUUAAAUUCAACAAUACAAAACUCACCUUCGAAUACCUAUCAAAAAAAUUGAGAUAUUUAUAAAUUUGAAUUUUUUUUUUUUUUCUCUAAAUUAUUUAAGUUUUGUCAACAUCAUUUAUAUUUGACAGAAAAAGAAAUCGAAAAUUUUUUUUGUAUUCCAUGCUUUCCAUAAUUUUUAAAUACAGAAUUUUUUUAUUUAUCAUUAUUUUGUGUUGACAUCAAAAAAUGAUUAAAG